CAACUCCUCUAAGCCCUAACAUUCUAACAAGAGGAAGCAGCAGCUCAAGAUCAGAUGGAGGCUAUGCAGUCACAGAUAUCUGCUACUACAAGUGUCUUGCCUUGCUUGUACUCAGCGAGAGGGUUAUAUCGCAUCAUUCUGAGGAGGAGACCAUUCUGAGGAGGAGACUGGCAUCAGAUUGGCACCCGAUCCAAAUUCUUGCAAUUUAUCAGGGGCACCAAAGAAUAUAGAAAGGCGAUUCCUUGAACAACUUCCUUCAUAGGACCCAGGAGAAGCCCUGGUUUGAAAAUAAGUGGAGUGAUUGCCCGAAAGCAGGGAUUCUCCAGGAUUGUUAAAUAUAAAUUGCUGGUUAUAAGCCCAGGAAGAAAAAUUGAUGACCAUUCUGAGAAGUUAUCUCUGUUUACCUCAGGACACUAUCUUUACAACUGUUGCAGAUGACCUGUUAUGACAAGAAGCUGAGGCAGACGGGGCCUGAACAGCUGAAUGGACGAAAUGAUGCCAUAGUGCCACCACGACACUCCAGAGUGAAUGGCUGGUCUUUGCCACUCCACUCAUUCCAGUUAAUCACCCUAAUACUUUAUUCAUACUUGGCCAUUGUGAGCUUUGGUAUCUACAUCCCUCUUCUCCCACAUGGAUGGAAUUAUGCUGCCUAUGCUGUGAUCGGUAUCAUUUUUGUGCAUCACUUAAUUACUCAUCUUGCUGCCAUCACUAUUGAUCCAGCAGAUCAAAAUAUAUUGGCUAAGAAAAAUUACAAUAACCCUAUGCCAAUUUUUGACCGAAGCAAGUGCAAGCACGUCAUUCAGAAUCAACACUGCCAGCUUUGCAAAGUUGAUGUAGGGCCCAAAACCAAACAUUGUAGUACCUGCAACAAGUGUGUUGCAGAAUUCGACCACCAUUGCAUGUGGCUUAAUAACUGUGUUGGAAGCCGAAACUACUGGUUUUUCUUCAAUGCUGUUGCUUCUGCGGUUGUUGGAGUCCUCCUUCUGAUAUUGGUGAUCCUAUACGUCUUCAUCCAGUAUUUUGUGAAUCCAGCACAACUCCGCACAUCUCCUCAGUUUGAAAAUGUCAGUAGAAAUGGCACUUGGCUGGCAUUUCUUCCUGUUGCUCCAGUAGAGACUACAGCAGCUGGAAUCCUGAUUGUAGCAGUCUUAACUAUGUUUUUUGGAUUUGCUUCCUUCCUGCUGCUUGGAUAUUUGUUGUUGUUUCAUCUUUAUCUUUUGCAUAAGAAGAUGAGCACAUAUGAAUACAUGACUGAACAUGGAACCAAACAAUGUGCUGUGUCUCAGGAUAUGAGUGUGGAGACAACAUCAGAGGCAUCUUGCAGAAUGGAACCUUUACAGGAUUUGCCCCAAGGAAGGAAACCAAAGGAAUUUGAAAUGGCACCUUCCUCUGUAUCCGGAACGCCGGCUGACUAAUCAGGAGCCGCACUGGGUGGCUGACUUCCACAGACAUGGGUUUUGAUUGCAUGGAAUUUCCAGAAGAAUUUCACAAUGAACUGUUGUGAACACAACACUGCCAUUGGAUGCAUCUGAUCAAGCACUGAUAAAGCUUUACGCUUCACACAGAGCUCCAGUUUGAGUCAAAAUUGGACAUUAAAAUGACGAGAGGACUCUCCUUUAUCAAAACAAGCAUGUUCCUUUUGCCUCUGAGAGGAGACUAUUUAUAUGGAAGGGUGCAUACAAUAGGCUACAUGGAAAGAACAUGAUUACCUCCGACAUGUUGUCCAAAGCUUCACUUCUAGACUGUUUGCAUAGACAGCUGAUAAAACUGGACACUGCAGUUCUCCAUUAUGUGAUAAUUAAGGGAUUUCAUUUUUUUCAUAAGCUGGCAAUGCUUAUCCGAAGAUUAUUUGCUGCUGCUCGUUAUCUGAUUACAUGCUGCUUGGAGGACAGUGGUAGUGAUGGUGGUGGGCAGAAUGUAUGCACAUACUAUGCAUCGGAGGACCAUAGUGACGCUUUUGCUGCAAACAAGUGCCCAGCUCCAAGACUGUGCUGGGAGUACAACUCCUUCCUCAGGUUUAUUUCAGGUGUGAAUAACCUCAGCUGAAAGUCAGCAGGUAUCCAUGGGGCAAUAAUAGCUAAUCCCAAGUUCUUCCUGGUACAGAACCAAUAAUGGCUAUUACUAUUCAAGGAGUUCAAGGCUAUUGUUGUGCCUAGAAUCUCAUUCUGUCCUCGAGAGACAAGCAAAAAUAUGUAGCAGAAGAUCACUGUUUAUGGAAGAGUAAUCACUUGAGGUUGCUGGUGACAGCAACCAGGAAAAACCUUCUCCAAGUGGUAUUGCACUGGAAUGAUCCAGAUAAUAAGUUGUAAGGCUCUCUUUUCUAAAAUAUGUUUCUAUCAAGGGUCCCUACAAAUAGGUCCUGCAUAUCAAAAUACCAGCUGGAAAAUAUCUUCCUUAAGUUAGCUUAUAUUCUGAAAACCAGUUUUGUUUUUUUAAAGGAAAUUGUGUAGCUGAUUUUUUUUAAAAUGGCUAUUUCCUACAAUUCUUUCUGUGAUUAUUAUGGAUUUCAUGGGAAUAUUUUCAUGAACUCCUCUAAAAAUUGUGAUAGUCUGUCUUAAUUUCAUAUAUAAGACUGGACAUUAUACAUUUUGAAAUUAAUAGAAAUGGGUACUUCAGACUUGCACUUUAUGUUGGGGAAGGGUUCGUUCUUUAUUCAAGGAAAUUCUCUGCAUUUUUAAUAUGUGUGGUGAGAAAGAAAUGUUCUUGAAAUAAAUGUACUGAUUUUGUAAUCUUUUCAAAUAAAUUAUUAAAAAUAAUAAGGAAAUAUUCCUAAUAGGAAUGUACUGA